CCACCACAAACUCUUUUAUAUAAACCAACAAAGUCUCUUCUUUCUUCCAUCACUGAAAACCAAACACAAAGAAAGAAAAAUUAAAAUUAAAAUUAAAAGAAAAAGAAAAAAAGAAGUAUGUCUCUUUUCAAUCCCCAUCUCAUCCUCCACCUACUUCUCUUGACGGUGGUCACCGGAGAAAUUCUCCGACCAAGAUUCUACAGCGAAACAUGCCCUGAAGCUGAAUCCAUAGUAAGAAGAGAAAUGAAGAAAGCCAUGUUUAAAGAAGCAAGAAGCGUCGCUUCCGUUAUGCGUCUCCAGUUUCACGACUGUUUCGUCAAUGGAUGUGACGCGUCUGUGUUGCUUGACGACACACCGAACAUGCUUGGUGAGAAACUAUCACUUUCCAACAUCAAUUCACUUAGAUCAUUCGAAGUUGUUGACUACAUUAAAGAAGCUCUAGAGAAAGCUUGUCCAGCUACUGUUUCUUGUGCUGACAUCGUUAUCAUGGCUUCUCGUGACGCCGUUGCUCUUACAGGAGGACCGGACUGGGAAGUGAAGCUAGGGAGGAAAGACAGUUUAACAGCGAGUCAAAAAGAUUCAGACGAUAUAAUGCCGAGUCCACGAGCAAACGCAACGUUCUUGAUUGAUCUCUUCAAAAGAUUCGAUCUUUCUGUCAAAGACAUGGUGGCUUUAUCUGGGUCACACUCGAUUGGUCAAGGUCGGUGUUUUUCUAUCAUGUUUAGGCUUUACAACCAAUCCGGUUCUGGUAAACCGGAUCCAGUUCUCGAACCGGUUUACAAGAAGAGGCUUAACAAGCUUUGUCCAUUGGGUGGAGACGAGAACGUGACCGGAGAUCUAGACGCAACACCACAUGUUUUUGAUAAUCAGUACUUCAAAGACUUGGUCUCAGGGAGAGGGUUUCUUAACUCUGACCAGACUCUUUACACGAGUAGAGAGACGAGGGAGUAUGUGAAAAGGUUUAGUGAGGAUCAAGGUGAGUUCUUCAGGGCUUUUGCAGAAGGGAUGGUGAAGCUGGGUGAUUUGCAAUCUGGGAGACCUGGUGAGAUUAGGUCUAACUGUAGGGUUGUUAAUAGAAGGCAUAAUGAUGUAUUGCUUGUCUCUUGAAAUUAGUAGAGAGAGACAGAAAGAGAGAUGUUAUUACUUUCUAAAGAUGCAAGACUUUUAAAUACUUA